AUGAGGGACGUUAGCUUUGAUAAUAGAGAUGGCCCGAAAGGCCCGGCGCGGAUGAGAAAUACAAAUCAAGACUGGCAGUGGAGGAGAAGCGACAGCCAAAACUUGGCUGUCGGAGGUGGCGGAUGGGAUUCCGACGUGGACGUAGACGUAGACAGAGAGGAAGGCGCAGGCGUCCACGGUGGAACCCAUAUACAGCACAGUAUGGAGUACACGUAG